AUGCCCAGUAUCACUAUCAGCGACGGGUACACCUUCAAUAACUGGGGCCCGGUCACCACCACCUUCACCGCGCCAGCCAGCUGCGCAACUGCCGGCGAUAUCUUGAUUCAAGUCAACACAUCGUUUCCUGUCGCCGACUAUUGGGCGCAAUGCUCUACAGAUAGUGGCCAUGGCUGUAUCCCCACUGGCACUGUUUCCCCACCCAUCACCCUCGAUUCCAAUCCGAGUGCGAUAUACGAUUAUCCAUAUUACUCUCCGGGUUUAUACUGCCCGUCCGGAUGGGCAACCGUGGGAGUCGCCGCCCGGGAUGGCGACAGGUCCCCAAGCUUGUCGGGUAUUUUGAGUGUCUCGAGUACCACAAAGGACUCAAGGCUCUAUGAUGACUACGCCACAUGGAAGAGCCCCGCUACGAUGUUGCCGGAGCUUUUAGAUCCAAGUGAAACUCUAGUGAUGUGCUGCCCCAGUUCUAUGACGGCCAUCAUUGGAUUCGGCUGUUACUCAACCGUCUCCGAUUACGCUGUGACCACAGGAUGUCUUCGUAUACUUGACGAGUCAAAUAUUGGCACAUCAACAAAAACCUACGCUGUGAAUGGGACCACCUCUACGGAUCUCCUCGUUAUCAUGACUGCUUCGUAUCCCGACACUACGGAAACCACGACCUUCGAUCCUUCGGAGUUGGAUCGGCUUGUCGCACUGUCCGUUAUGCCUAUACUUCCUUUAGUGCACCAUCAAUCCGACAUCAAGACGACUGGAACAUCUGGCGCUGCGUUCACAAAGGCUACAUCUACUUCCACCUUGGCGGCUACUUCGAAUUCUGCAGCGAGAGUUGCCCCAAAGGUCAAUUCGUGGGAUGGGCUAGGUGGUGUUCUGGGGGUGUCUCUCGCUGCGAUUGUUCUGGGAGCGGCUAUGAUCUUCCAAUGA